CGAUUUGUCAAGUAACGAAACGAUAGCCUGUUUGAAAAAUAUAUCGACGAAAAUACAACGAAGAUACGUGCGAGAAAACGCCGAUAUCGCGAUCUUCUUCGAGUACGUAUCUGCAAGCGCACUUGCGCACCAGAAGCAGAUUAAACGUUAUCAGCCGCUUAGCGAUACGGACCAUGGAUGACAUCGAAGCGACGUUAACGUCGCAGUAUUAUAUGUAGUUUAAAUAUAAAUGAGUCAACUUAUCCGUGGCAGCGCGGAAUCGACGCUGUUCCGAAGCGACUCGAUAAAAUCGGCGUGGGCAGCUCGUCCGGCGACAACUGUGCUGUUACUGUCGUAACUUUCGCUAGUAACGUGUCCCACAAUUUUUCACGCGACGAUCGACGAAGACUCGAAGUUGUAAUUUGUUCGACAACGAUGGAACUUCGCACGAAGAUCGCGUAAGGAAAGCGCGAUAAACCUUGUUUCUCAAUUUUCGUUCUUCGCACCUUCGCGUUUCUUACUAAGAGGCGAUAUUUCGAUUUAGAGUUGCGCCAGCCACUUUGUUGUGCCACAUACGAAGAUCAGCUGUACGAAUCUUUUUAUUCGCCAUUUAUUCUCUCGCAUUCUUGUCGAGGAAAGAAGGAAGCUAAACGAAUACGAAAUACGAUGUUGUAGCAAUUACCGAAGACACCUGUUGUAUCACCUCCUGUAGACACCUGUGUAUUAUUAUCGAAAUAAGAAGCUUAUUAUUAUAUGGACAUUUUGUAAGAGAAGAGGUCUGUUGACGAAGAGACGCGGUGGCGAGGAAGCGCGCCAACGGGAGUCGCAAGUUCCCGUUACGAUUAGAUAAUCGAUGCGACGAAAUGAUCGGUCCCCUAUAUUGUUUAGGAUAAUCGAGGUGAUUGAACCGAUUAUAACACUGAAGCAACAGGUUACAAUAUACACAUUGUUCCAACAACUUUGUAAACAUAGAUAGGUGUGUUUACUUAAAAGUUACUUGAGUAACUAAGAGUAACAAGAAUAUUAAGUAAGAUUGCUUGAGUUAAAUAGAUGACUGAUCCAGGGCUGACAAAGCAGUCAAGACAUUGGCCGGCCAACGUAUGGAAAAUUAGUCAAGAGAUGUUGACUGUUCUAAGGAUGACAAAUCGGUGAAGUUCGGCAACGAUGCUAUCCCAGAGGAAAACUACUGCUAGGUAUUGGUCGCUUGCGAAUGGAAAUGACCGUUGAAUAUGGGAAAAAUUCGACCUUGCCAGUUUUUAUCUGAUAGGACAAUAAUCGUAAGGAACGCGUCGAUCGAGGGAUGGAUUUUAGUUUACGUAAGGAGUCACCGGACGUAACAAGGUCCGAGCGUUGAAGACGAAGGGAAACCGAGUGUUUACGAGCACAGGAAAAGGCGAUAGCGUGGUCGAACACGAUAGAUUAUAAAUCGGGAGGCAAGAGACGUCGUGUGUCGACCCCUUGAGCCACCGAGAUCGAGCUUCUCGCUUUCUUUCGUUUGUCAGUUUACCAGCCAAGCUAAAUACAAUCGCCGGUGGGACCAUCAGUCGUGUUUUCGUCGAUCUGCAACGAGAUACACAACCGUGAAGAGGAGAUGAGCACACGGAAGCCGAGGAGAGACUCGGACAUUCUGCUGUCCAAUUUCGCCCACAAAGAGCUGCUCUUCAAGUUCCUCGUAAUCGGUGACUAUGGUGUCGGAAAGACGGCAUUGGUUAGAAGAUACACAGAGGGAAGGUUUACGUCCAAUUAUAAGAUUACCAUAGGCGCUGAUUUCGCAAUAAAGGCAGUCGACUGGGACCGAUUUACUAAAAUUAACUUACAAUUAUGGGAUGUCGCUGGCCACGAAAGGUUCGGAUACAUGACCAGAAUUUAUUACAAAUACGCAGUAGCUGCAGCUUUGGUGUUCGAUAUUUCGCGGAUAGCCACGUUUCAGUCGAUCAAAAAAUGGUUGUGCGAUCUGCGGGAAAAGGUCACGCUCCCAGAUGGUUCGGAGAUACCAGUCGUCCUAUUGGCGAACAAAUGUGAUAUUUCUUGUCCGUCGGUACCCAUCGAACAAAUUGCCAGGUUCUGCAAAGAGAACAACAUUGGUGCCUGGUAUGUAACGUCUGCCAAAGAAAAUACGAAUAUCGAUGUGGCGAUGCGUUAUCUCGUGGAAAACGUGCUGAAGACCAGAAUCGACGUUGAUAUUCGUGAUUCCGUGCGAUUACGAGAUAAAUCUGGCAUUCGACAAAGGAGCGAAUGUUGCAAAUUAUAAUCGCGCGAUUAUAGUUCGCGUGUUUAUCUAUGCGAUUUUAAUUUAUCCGCGAUGCGUAUACUUUAAUAUGUUUAUAACGAUUAAUCGUAAUCUGUAGGAGCACGUCAAUGGACGUUGACAUGUUACAGAUGCGCCUAACAAUCCGAAAGUUUUAAUAUGCUACAGCGAAAUUAAACAUAUUUGUUUGAAAAUACACGCACGAUGAAUUUCUAGGGCGACAGAGUUUUUAUCUCGGCUAAUAACUAACAAGUGAAUAAUCCUCAAGAGAUUACCAAUUUUUUACACGUCGGAUAAUAGUCUUAUUUGCAUUUUUUACAUGUCGGAUAAUAGCCUUAUUUACAUUGUUUACAUGGCGGAUAAUAAUCUUAUGUACAACGAUGCGAACGUUCGUAAAUUGCGGAGAGAAAUUACGAAUAUUUAUUUUAGAAUGCACAAUAAAUUUUUAAGGCAGUAGGAUCUUCGUUUCGUUUAACAUAACUAUCGAGCGGAUAAUUUUAUACGGCUCAACUUUUUAUAUUUCUUCGUAUUUAUCGUUACAUCUGUUGUUAGAUAAUAAUCGCGUAUUUUAUAAAAAUCUGAAACAAACAGUUUUAUUUAAGCGUUUCUAUGUACGAGAUCACACGUCAAUGGGUAAAAACAACGAGGAAUCGUUUAAAUCGAUAGAUUUAUUUGAUUUGUACUUUGAUAACUCUUUAACAUUAUUUGCGUUCGUAAAUCAACCAAGGGAAAUAUUAUAAAUAAAUAUGAAGCGAAUUCGUAACAUCGCGAGUUACGAAAUGUCUUUAAAAUUCGCUAUUACAUUCUUAUUGUAUUUUUACAUUGUGGUAACAAGAAUUAACACGUAACUUCUAUGUACAAACAUAUUCACGUGUUACCUUUGGUAAAUAUUCAACACUCGUUCCAGUGUGCUACAAAAUUAAAUAUACUUGGUAUUCCUUUGCCAAGUUUUACAAUAUGCAAUUUGUCGGUCGACAAAUAACGUAUCAUUUAUUAUACGACAUUGGCCACGCUUUGCUAUUAUCUAAUCUAAAUAAAUCUAACAACAGCUCUGCUGUGCGUCUUUA